GGAGUGUGAUGGAAUACUCCCCAUGUUCUGAUCUCUCUACCGGUACAGCUGGAAGCGGUCCCCGCCCACACUUUCUGACACACUGCAGCUCCUUCUGAAGGGAAAGGGGGUGGGGAAGCUUCAUGGUGCUCAGUCUGUCAGGGACUGACACAGAGUCCGGAGCUAGCCAUGUCUCUGCUUGGCAUUCUCCUCUCCCUCCUCCUCAGCACCGCCUCAUCCAGGACUUUACCCCGACUCAAAUUGGAUCUGAGCGCGGAAAUUCAAGAUCGGUUCCAGUUUCCCUCGACUGAGGAAUAUACAACCACGCUCCGAGAGGGAAACACUGUUUAUGUUGGUGGGAAAGAAACUCUUUACCAGAUAAAGUUUGAAGAAGCUCCCAGAUUGAUACAAAAGAUUCCAGUGCCUGUGGAUGACAAAUCCAUGUCAGAAUGCAAAAAGAAGAAUUUGGCAUACUGUGAGAAUGUUAUCAUGGUCCUACAAAGAUUCAACAGAACUCAUCUUCUUUUGUGUGGAACCAAUGCCCGGAAUCCACGAUGCUGGUCACUUACUAACAAUAAUUUGAAUCAAAUCAUCAAUGGAGGAGGACGCCCCGUAGGACGAGGGGUAUGUCCUUUCACUCCAAAACACGGCUUCACCUCAUUGGUUGAAGGAGAAAAAUUCUACUCAGCUGCCCCUGUAUUUGAGAAUGGAAAUGUAAAUCUUCGAAGGUAUAUGGAACAGAGUCCAUCAUGGUUACUUUCUGUUGAUGAGUGGCUGAAUGAUCCCAGUUUUGUGGGAAUGUCACCAAUGGGCGACCGUGUUUUGAUGUUCUUCCGGGAAAGGAAUUUGGUAGAAAACCUGGACAUUGACCCCUGGAUAUCACGGAUUGCUUGUGUGUGUAAGGAUGACAGAGGUGGCUCGCGAUUCCACCUGCAAAGUAAGUGGGCAACCUUUCUGAAGGCUCGCUUACUGUGUAACAUUCCGUCUGAAAACGUCCAUUUCAACAAGAUUCAAGACGUCUUUACUACCCAGAGCAAAGACCGAAUUUAUGCAAUUUUCAAGAGUAACUGGAACGGGUCAGCAAUCUGCAUGUACUCCAUGGAGGACAUUAAUGAUGUGUUCAGUACUUCCAUUUUUAAAGGAUUCACUGAAGAUAUUCCUGCUCCAAGACCUGGAACGUGUGGGACUAAUACUCAAGAACUGAAAAGUAAUGUACUGAGUGUAGUGAAACACCAUCCUGAAAUGGAGAGUCCAAUCCAGCCCAUUGGAAAAAGUCCCCUCGUCAUCCAGAAUGAGGAUCUUUUCAAGAAAAUCAUCGUGGAUUCUGUUGUUAGCCUCAAUGGAACAGUGUUCUAUGUCCUUUUCCUGGCUAUGGGAGAUGGAAGAAUCCAACAAGUUCUGGAAAAUGGGCAGUCAACCUUCAUCAUUUCAGAACUGACAAUUCUAAAGGAUCCAGGACCAAUCUCAUCAAUGUCCCUGGACUCUGAAGCUAAACUUCUGUAUGUUACCACUGCUAAAGAGGUAGUCCGGUUCCCACUGGUGCACUGUGAAAAAUAUAAUAAGAGCUGUGAGAGCUGCGUCAUGGCAAGAGACCCCUACUGUGCUUGGAAUGCCAAAGAGAAAAAUUGUGUCCCCAUCACACCUCACUCUGGAAACCUUAUCCAAGAUCUUGAAAAUGGUGAUCCCAAGAAAUGUCCUUCAGAAAGAGUUGCAUUUUAUCGUUCUUCAGAGAGACAGAGUCAAAAUGAGCAUACCAAUCCCAUCCUGGAGGGAAGUGGCUCAGUGUACCUUUCGUGCCCAAAGCAAUCCCAUCAUGCACAAUACUCAUGGAGGGUGCAGGGUCAGACACAGGACUGUUCUUCGAAUGAAGAUGAAUGCCUUUUCUUCAUAAGCAACCUUGCAGAAUAUGGAGGUAGCUUGUACCGAUGUGUUUCAAGUGAAAAAGGACAUGAGCAGUUGCUCACGUCAUAUUUGAUUAAGGACAGUGGAUCGUCGAUAUAUUUAACCAGAUACAGUAUUGCUGUCUACUCUGUUUUCAUAAUAGUUGCAGCUCUCUUCUUGCACUGAAUUUGAGCAAUAACUCUGCUGCAAUGUAUUUAGUUUAAAAUCAUUGAAAUAUUCUGAAUAGUUCUACCUCAAUGGCCAAGUGACUCAUCAAAGGAAGGUUGAAGGUCAAAUGAUUUUCAUCAUUAUCUAUUUGGGAAUUGCACUUAAAUCUUUGGAUCCUCUGCUCAAUAGUACAUUCGGUUCUUUCAAAGAUUAAAUCUAAAACCAUUUAUAAAUUUACAGCUCUGCUCUUUACAGGGCAAAUUUAUUCCAAAUCUUCAUUUCGGUUGCAUAAUUGACUCCUUCAGGAGAAGUCAAGUCAGUAAUUGUUUCAGUUUGUUUUGAUUGGCUUGAUUUGUGAGAGAGGUUUGUUCUGAUAUUCAACUCCCCUUAUCCAGCAAGUUGCACGUCACUUUUCUGAUGAUUGCUUCCUAUUUUCCCUGAAUUACUAUUUAUAGACAAACAUCAAAGGAGUUAGAUUCUACUUGUUAAUCCCUAGAACCUUUUAGUGUUUACCAGUGCUAUCAGAGGAAGAUAUCAGAGGAUGGGAAGUAAGAAUGGGCAAUGUUUUAGGCAGUACCACAAAUGCUAUUCACAAGAAGUCCUAUCAGAUGCAAAAUAUUAACUUUGCUUCUCUCUGCACGCUUAUUGACAUAUGUACUGAAUGUUUCCAGGAUUUUGAGAGAGGUUUGAAUGGGGAAAUGUUGAGAAGAUGUUUACGCUAGUGGGAGAAUCUCAAAUUAGGGGACAUUGUUACGUAAUAAAGGACACUCAUUUAAAACUGAUAUACAGUAACAAAGGGUGGCAUGAUGGCUGAAUGGUUAGUACUGCUGCCUCACAAUACCAGGGAUCCAGGUUUGCUUCCAGCCUUAGGUAACUGUCGAUGUGGAGUUUGCGCAUUCUCCCUGUGUCCGUGCGGAUUUCUGUUGCUGCAGAGAUGCGCAGGUCAGGUGGAUUGGCCAUGCUAAAUUGUUCCGUAGGGCACAGAAAUGUGCAGGCUAAAUGGAUUAACCAAGGUAAAUGCAGGGUUACAGGGAUAGGUCAUGGGGCUGGAUCUGGGUGAAGUGCUCUUUGGAGGGUCAGUGUGAACUUGAUGGACUGAAUGGCCUCUUUCUACACUGCAGGGAAUCUAUCUUCUCCCAGAAGUUAGUUAAUGCCAGGAAUUUUCUCCCCCAGUGAGUUGUGGAGGCUGGAUUGUUGAAAGAGAAGCUUGGUAGAUUUUUGAAGUAGUUGAGGGCUAUGAGGGAGUGGCAUGAAAGAGAAAUUGACGCAAGUGGAAGAUUAACUUUGAUCUUGUUGAACGGAUAUGUAUGAGAGGCCAGGUUGUCCUUUUCAGUGACUGGUAUACACACAGGUCUCGUUGGACCUCCCCCUUUCUCAUCAUCACUCAGAUAAUAAUCUACUAUCUUGCUUUUACUACCAAAUGGAUAACCUUACACAUCCACUUACACUCUCUCAGUGAGACGGCCAAAUACCAUCUGCUGUACCUGCAAGUUUACUUUACAUGACUGGUAUCAUCUUAAAUACUGCAACAAAACCACUCCCUUAAUCAUUUCUCAUUCCUUGUGCGAUUGCAAGCCUGUCACUGAUCCUGAUCGUUUUAUCUGUUUAGUCAGGAAUAUUGUUCUAUGAGCUCUUCCCCGUCCUAAGGGUUUGUGGAUAAGGAAACACUGCUCCUAUCUUUGAAGGAGUGAAUCAUCAGAGAGACCAAAUGUAAACUACAAAAAAACGGAAAGUUUGGACAUUGAGGCCUCCCUAAUAACUCACUGAUGCUCAGGCUGUUUUUAGAACCAGUACAGCCAGAAUAGCUUUCAAAAAGAGAAGUGAGCAAAAUGUGAUGACGUGUUAAAUGGGUAGAUUGCCAGUAAAGUUUAAAUUACCACUUCAAAAUCACCGUCGUAUUGAAGACGGUGUUAGGCAAUCUCCCCUCCCACCCUUGGGACCCCAUCACCAAUUAAAAUUCACUGUGGGAUUCCCAUUUUGCAAACCUCUUUCAAAAUGAGCCGGUAAGGGCAAGAGUAGGGACAGUUCCUGAACAUACUGCUCCUUUCAGCUGGUAUGAUUACUGAGACUGAUUGCUAAAUGUUCUUCAUUUGACCUAAUACCUUCCCUCAUUGGCCGGGGUUAAAGUAGACUUUCUGAGUAUCCACAAACAUCAGAUAAUUGGAAAUUAAGUUUAUUUCAGAAUGGAGGACCCAACAGCCAUUAAAUACUAAAAUCGUUAUUAAGAUCAUAUCUAUUUAUGGAAGCAGGGAUCUAUGUAAAUGUGAAUGUGCUUAAUACCAUGCUGUGAUGGUAAGGAAUUAUAAAGAAAUGGUGAAGGAACAGGGGUGAGAAAGCUCAUGGAUGACAACAUUGCUCUCCUUUCAGUUUAUUUCUUCAAAUAUUCUAACUCAGAAGGUGAAAAUGUUAGUCCCAUUGGCAUGGUGUGUUGUCAUAUUGAGUAUGGAACUAACGACACAGGGAGAAAGAUAUAGAAAGUUAUGCUGUUAGGAUCAGAUGCUGAAGAAUGGGAGGAAACUUGCAUUGAUGGAGAAACAUCAUUUCCACUGGAUCAACAGCCUGGAACCUCCUCCAUAACCACACUGUAGGUGUACGUGCACAACAAGGACUGUAGCUAUGAGAAGGCAGCUUAAUACCAUCUUCUUGGGCAAUUAGGGAUGGAUUAAUAAAUGCUGGCCCAGUCAGAGACAUGAAGUGGACAGGCGAGGCCAGGGUCGACUGUGAUGCACCCACAGUUCAAUAGUUACUGCAGCUAAAGGAUACUGUUGUGAGCAUUAUAUCUAUUUUUUUUGAGCUGGCUGCUUUCAGAAAAAGACAGGAAAUUUGGGAACACUCAGUCCAUGACAACAGAGACUGUGUAACAAUACUGAAAUGUCAUGAUAUCCUCCGUACUAGAUCCACUGGAGUGAUUCUUGGUAACCCAAUGCUGAAGCACAGGAGUUGCUUCGGAGAAAUGCAUUUCAUGUUCCUGUGACAUGCUGAAACAGCCCAAGGUUUAAAGCUACGUGUUAAACCUUGAUCCUGAGAACCACUCAUUUAACCAGAAAGGUUAUCCAAUCACAUGGGAUCACUUCACACUCUGCUAUCAGUCUGAGAAAUGCUGUUACAACGUGAUAGUUAAGUGUCCUGCAUAACUGGAAGUGGAACUAUAAAUGACUCCAUGAAGCCUGAUUCGACUGGCGCACUGUGAGCUGUUUCUGGUUUUGUGACUGGGUUGUGAUAGAGUCAACAGAGCACAAACCUAUGGGACAGUCUGACACUGUGCAGUUUUCAGCAUUAGCCAUGGCAGAGGUUCUCGAGCGUUUUCAAAGAUGGAUUGUGAUUUUGAGGUUACAUUGAGCUUUCCAGAGCUGAGCAGCAAGUGUUGGCCACUCACUGCUAAUGAAGACAGAGAUGAUUCUCAACAACAGCAAUUGAACAAGAAGCAUCAUUCUCUUGAAUGCCCAUUUUAUCUUUAUGCAUCUAGCUUUGUUUGAUUUAGCUCAUUGUUGUAUUUUGUCAAAUGAACAGAUAUAACUUGAUAUUAUAACCAAUGUGCUUUUUGCAGAAACAGGCCAUACAUAUCCAGGCUGCAAGUACAAAUAGCAAGGCUGAACACCAGCACGGUCAUUUUAACCAGUGCCUUGGUUAAUAAAGGCAUAAUUGUCACUGAACUAGUUAACUGCAACAACCCCAUUUCACUGAACCAGCAGUGGUACUGAAAGCCCUGGGUCUUCUUUCACCCUGAGUGCAUGAAACUUCAGUGAGGGAAGUCAAUUUUUAAACUCGUGGCUAGGCAGCAUUUAUUGCCCAGAGGGCAGUUAAGAGUCAACCACAUUGCACAUUAAAUAAUGUAAAAAGAUAAUACAUGACAGCAUAAAAUGGAAAGUUCCCUUAAAUUAUUUUUACACGUGCUUAAAGGCAUAUAUCUUGGUGUUUCUUGUUUUUAUUUAUUGAUUAAAGGAUUUCGGUGUUCCUAACAGAGUAUUGCUGGAAAAAAAGUCACAUUCUGUUGUAGCUUUUUGUCUGGCACUGAUCAGGACAAUUUACAAGAUAGAAAUGUAAAGAGGAAUAGUAAUCCUAUGUUGGACAGUUGUGAUUUUGAGAUUUACUAUUCUUGACUCCAUUCUUACGAAUAUAAGAUGAAAUGCUUUGAACAAUUCUGGCGCACCAAGUGAUCAGAAAGCACAGCCUAUAAAGAACCGUUCCACUUGAUUGCGCAUGUCCUUCUACUAUUUAAGAGGGAAACCAGGGAAUCAGAGACCCUAAUUUGCCUAUCAUCUGUGGUUGGGCAAUUACAGCAGCCAGUAAAUGACUGAACCUUCUGAAAAUUUUCAGUGCAUCAGAGCGAACCAGAAUGGAUUUGUAAAGGAUUCAUCAUGCUUUAGAAAUAAGAGCACAGGAAGGUCAUUCGGCCCCUCAAACCUUCCUGCCAUUCAAGAAGAUCAUAGCUGAUGCUUGAUGAACCUUUUUGAAGAGAUAACUGUGCUUGUGAAUGGAAGUAGUGAACACAAAUUGCUGGAGGAACUCAGCAGGCAUGGAUACAUCUGCAAAGAGAAAACAAAGUGAGCAUUUUGGGUCCAAUUACCUUUCUUUUGAACAGUUCUGAAUGUGGGGUUUGGAGUGUUAAGUCUGCUUUCUCUCUCCACAGAUGCUGCCUGACCUGCUGAGUUUCUGCUUUUGUUUCUUUCAUAGUUCCAGCAUCCACUGUUCUUUCUUCUAUUUUGGUUGUCUAUGCUUUCUAUUUAUGUGGACGUUCCAAAAGCAUAGGGUAAAUUGCUAUCAGAGGCUCUUGGAACUGGAAGCACAUUAUUGGCUUGAUCCCAAAAGUGAAUGAGUGGCAGGAGCCAGAAGAUUACAAUAUUGGCUGGCAGGAUGACAUUCGACACAGGUAUUUGUUGGGGUCUCAGGUUUUGAGUUUGAGAUUGAUUAAUUGAUUCCUGUUAAUCAGUGAUAUUAAGGGACUAGUGGUAAAGGACACAAAUUGACCAUGCUCUCAGUGAAUGGCAAAAUGCAGGCUUAGGCGUAAACAACCUCCUUGUCUUGUUAUAUUAAGUGUAAGUCUCAUCUUUGUCAAGUUUACUAGCUUCUUUGAGCUAGUCUUACAUGUAAGCUUCACCAUUGUUCAUCCAGUAAAUUUCUAAGUGAGCUUUGUGAUUGUGCUUUGAACAAUGGGCCAAUAAAGCUGCCAUUUACACUGCAAAUAAAUCGUUUCAGGUUAUCGAUUCAUGUUGAAAUUAAAACUCAAAACUAAGUAAAUCAAUCUCAACCACCCUGAUUUGUAACUUGUGCUUCAUUUAACAUUCAGCGUUAACCUUGGUGUAUCUUUCAUCUAUAAUCUUAAUAAAACUCAAGAUAAAUUUACAACUAA